AUGAAUCCCGAUUUAGCAGUGUGUAUCAUUAUCAACGGCCGUACUCAUCCUUUUCGUUGCCAUGGCUACCACUGUAGGUACUUGGGGCAUGGAGGGGGUGAGAAGUAUCUCUCACGGAACAAGAUUCAGGAUCUGAAGUGUCGUGCUGUUGCGCUGCUAUUGGGAUGCAGCAGUGGACGUCUCAAGGACAAUGGCGACUUCGACUCAACGGGCACACCCCUGUCUUAUAUGCUAGCGGGUUGUCCUGCGGCGCUGGGGCUGCUGUGGGAUGUGACUGACAAAGACAUCGACCGGUUUGCUCAGCAGUUGCUGUCGCUGUGGAUUGACGAGGAGGAUGCCAUGUCUCUCUCAACUGCUACAACCAUGUCUCGCCGGGUGUGUAAGUUUGAGUUAUUGACAGGGGGUGCAGCAGUCGUCUACGGCAUUCCGGCAUAUGCCAAGAAGAGCACAGAGAAGUGA